AUGGCAGAAGGCUCGAAAUUCUUAGAAGAUUUCCUUAGUCCAUAUGAGGCUGAGCAUCUUAUUAGAGGUCUAAAAGAAAUAGACAUCAAGGAAUAUGGUUCAAAAUAAUGGAUCCAAUAGCAUGAGACAAUAGAUAGGUUGAACAUUUAAGCUCAUAAAAAUGCGCUUACAUCUACAGAUGAGUUCAUUAUGGAUUAUUUUGUUGGCAUAUUGAUCUAUGAUCUUCUAGCAAGUGAAACUUGGAAACAAAAGAUAUACCCUCUUUUGAAAUAGGACCUAGCUAAGAUAUCAUCUCUUAGAUCUUAUAUUACAGUACACGAUUAUUUAUUAAUCUAAAUAUAUUUGUAGUUGUAUCAUGAAGCUUAGAUUUGCAAUUUACUUGAGAUCAUCCUCUAUCACAGAACAGCUUGCGAGAAUUCCUAGGAUUAUCUAGUUGAACUUAUCGAUUAUUGCUACAGAAAGUUUUUAUACUUGACAAAUUGGUCUGAAUAAAGAGGAAGAAAUGUACAUGAUGAUGACCCUAGGAGAUAUCUAAACUUGAAGCCGGAAGAGGAACUCCAAAGACAAUUCGAUGAGAUAUAAUUUAGCACUGCAAUGUGUUGCUUUAGCUUGAUUAGGUUUAUUGCUGAUCACAUGCAAGAUUUAUCAGUUCCAAUUGUUCAUCAGAUGAUGGAAACUAAUGAUAUUCCAUGCAUCCUAGUUCCUCUAUUAGAAAUGAAGCCAUGGCUGAGAAAGAAUACAAAAGGAGAAGUAGAGAAAUUUGAGGAUUAAAAAUGGCAAGUAAUUGCUCCAGGAGAAAUGAAUAGAGUUACUAAGAUGGAGGCAUAGAUCUGGUUAACAAUUUACAAUAUGUUUUUGAGUUAAGACACGAAUCGUAAAUAUGAAAUUACCUCUUUUAGAAAGGCAAAUCUCAUGAGACUGAGAAAGUACUUAAAUGAAGUAUUGCUUGAUUAAUUGCCUAUGCUUGCUAAUCUUCUUAGGGCUUUAGAGGAGCUAUCUAUAAUGCAAGAGAACUCAGUUCCAUCAAAGAACAGUUUUAUAGUUCAAUAGAUCCCAGAGUUUAAACUAAAAAUGAAGGACAGAAACUGGAAGGAGAUUGCUGAGUAUUAACUUGAAAACUUCUUCACUAAUGAUGAGAAAUCAUUAAAGGAAGAUAUGGAUAGAAUAAUGAAGCUAUAUAGCUCUGAUGUAUUUGAGCAGUUUAUGGACGAGCCAAAGUGUGCUGAAUGUGGAAAGAAUGCUACUCAGAGAUGCUCAAGAUGCAAAAAUUAAUGGUAUUGCUCAAGAGAAUGCUAAUUAAGACAGUGGAAAGGACACAAGCCGCUAUGUGACAUAAUUUUUUCAAACAAACAAGAAGAUGAGUUAAAGUCUGAGGAAGUGAAGCAGAUUUAAAAGGAAAAAUUUUAAUAACCUAAGUCAUUGAUCUAAGAUAUUACCGAUCAGGAAUGA